AAACAGAAAAUUAGACGCCAAAGAGAUAUAGGAAGAAAAACAGACUGAAAGAGAGAACAGAAAGAGGAGAGAGAAACCAGGGCACAGCGUGCCAGCUGGCGGAAUGGAGGGUCUCCUGUCAUGGGAGAUGUAGUGGCCGCAGCCUGGGCAGAGCUGGGUGGGCAGAAAGGAGCUGGUGCCUCAGCAGGGGUGAGGGGGUAUGGGAGGGGCAGGCAUUCUGCUGCUGCUGCUGCUGCUGCUGCUGGCUGAGGCAGGGGCUGGGGUGGCCUGGAGACCCCCAAAGGGAAAGUGUCCUCUGAGCUGUUCCUGCUCCAAAGACAGUGCCCUGUGUGAAGGUUCCCCGGACCUGCCCGAGAGCUUCUCCCCGACCCUGCUGUCACUCUCGCUCGUAAGGACUGGAGUCACCCAGCUGAAGGCCGGCAGCUUCCUGAGGGUACCGUCACUGCACCUGCUCCUCUUCACAUCCAACUACUUCUCUGUGAUUGAGGAUGAUGCGUUUGCUGGCCUGUCCCACCUGCAGUACCUCUUCAUCGAGGACAAUGAAAUUGGCUCCAUUUCUAAGAAUGCUCUCAGAGGACUUCGCUCACUCACACACCUGAGCCUGGCCAACAACCAUCUUGAGACCCUCCCCAGAUUCUUAUUCCGAGGCCUGGAGACCCUGACUCAUGUGGACCUCCGUGGAAACCAGUUCCAGUGUGACUGCCGUGUCCUCUGGCUGCUGCAGUGGAUGCCCACCGUGAACGCCAGCGUGGGGGCUGGGGCCUGCGCCGGCCCCGCCGCCCUGGCCCACAUGCAGCUCCGCCACCUGGACCCCAAGACGUUCAAGUGCAGAGCCAUAGAGCUGUCCUGGUUCCAGACGGUUGGAGAGUCAGCGCUGGGAGUGGAGUCUUUCUCCUACCAGGGGGAACCCCACAUCAUCCUGGCACAGCCCUUCACUGGCCGCUGCCUGAUUCUCACCUGGGACUACAGCCUACAGCGCUUCCGGCCUGAGGAAGAGCUGCCUGCGCCCUCGGUGGUGUCCUGCAAGCCGCUGGUGCUGGGCCUGCGCCUCUUUGUGCUGGCCGCCCGCCUAUGGGGAGGCUCACAGCUGUGGUCCAGGCCCAGCCCUGGCCUGCGCCUGGCCCCCACACAAGCCCUGGCCCCACGGCGGCUGCUGCGGCCCAACGAUGCUGAGCUCCUGUGGCUGGAAGGGCAGCCCUGCUUUGUGGUGGCGGACGCCUCCAAGGCAGGCAGCACCACACUGCUGUGCCGUGACGGGCCUGGCUUUUACCCGCGCCAAAGCCUGCAUGCCUGGCACCGGGACACGGAUGCUGAGGCUCUCGAGCUGGAUGGCCGGCCCCAUCUGCUGCUGGCUUCUGCCUCACAGCGGCCUGUGCUCUUCCACUGGUCUGGAGGCCACUUUGAGAGGCGCACAGACAUCCCCGAGGCCGAGGACGUCUAUGCCACACGCCACUUUCGGGCUGGUGGGGAUGUGUUCCUGUGCCUGACACGCUACAUCGGGGACUCCAUGGUCAUGCGCUGGGAUGGCUCCAUGUUUCGCCUGCUGCAGCAACUUCCCUCACGUGGUGCCCACGUCUUCCAGCCGCUGCUCAUCGCCAGGGACCAGCUGGCUAUCCUGGGCAGCGACUUCGCCUUCAGCCAGGUCUUCCGCCUUGAGCCUGACAAGGGGCUCCUGGAACCGCUGCAGGAGCUGGGGCCUCCGGCCCUGGUGGCCCCCCGGGCCUUUGCCCACAUCACUAUGGCCAGCAGACGCUUCCUGUUUGCUGCUUGCUUCAAGGGCCCCACACAGAUCUACCAGGUUCAUGAGUUAGACCUCAGUGCCUGACACCAGACAGGACCCUGGACGUGCCUGGGUGGGGGCAGGUUGGCAUGGGGAGACCUAAGCCUCUGGACACCCCCUUGACUGACUUCUUGGCCCCACUUGGAGUCCUGGCUGGUCCUGUGGGAUACUGGCCACAGGGCAAGUUCAAGGAAAAUGCUGCCCUUCCAGUCUUAAGCAACAUCUUGGCUGGAGGCAAAUGCUCCCCACCAAGGGUGAUGUGGGGGAUCAGGCUGGGGCAUGGAGCCAGAAUACAGAAGUCAUGGUGGGAGUAACGUGCAAAAGUCCAUGAGGUCUGGAAGCACCCCCCACCCCCCCAACUCAACCCACCCUCACCCCUCCUGCUCCCUGUGAAAGUACUCAGGAGGAGAUAGCUUUCCUUUCUCCUCUAAACUCAAUCUGGCCAAUCGCUUGUAGUGCACGCCUCCAUGACAUCAUCAGUUGCUGGGCUGGUUUUACUGCCAGGCUUGCUAACUUCCUCUGCUGCUUGUGCCCACACCUGUUGUGGUGGAAGCCCAGCAUGUUGUCCCUUUUGCUCUUGGCCUGGAAAUAGGUGGGAAAGCGAGAGUUGUUGCAGGGCGCCCCGGGUACCUCUCUCAGGUGGGUGACAGGGGUAAGGGCAGAAGGUAUAUGAGCUCAAUAAACACGCUGUGCACCUGC